AUGACUGAUAUUCCGAAGACUAAACCAUUGAAUCAGAAAUGGAUUCUCUUCAAUAUGGAAUCGCCUCUUUGUAAAGACUAUGUGUCUGAAAAGUUAUUCAAUGCCAUGAAAUACGAUAUAAUCCCAAUUGUCUUCGGUUCGGCCAACUAUACGGCAAUACUGCCCCCAAACUCAUACAUCAAUGCCUUGCAAUUCCCAACGAUGACAACACUCGCCGAUCAUCUGAUCGAAGUGGCCAUUGAUAAGGAUCGAUACGAUUCUUACUUUCACUGGAAGAAUGAUUAUUGUGUUCAAGAUGUCGACUAUUUGUGCGAACUUUGCGAACAUCUUAAUCUAAAUGCAGUUAAAACUAGAGUCAGUACACGAAAAAGGGAUAUAGUGUCCUGGUGGAUCAAUGAUGCCCACUGCCAAACUAUCCAGCUCGUUUGA